AUGCGUUUCGCUCAGCUAUUGCCCGCCCUGGCUCUCGUGGCCAGAGGCGCCGCAGCGCAGCAAGACGACGACGAAGCCCCUGGGCCAGCCGACGUCGAGGUCGAAGCCAGGCGCUUCAUCAUCGAGUUCGCCAGCGGCGUCCACGCAGAGACCAAGCGCGACAAGCUCUCGUCCGAAGAGGGCAUCACGGUGCUCACGACGUUCGAGUCCGCCGUCUUCUCCGGCGCCAGCCUCGAGACGGACAGCCACAACCUCGACACGCUCCGCGGGCUCCCCGACGUCGUGGGCGUCUGGCCCAGCGGCAAGAUCAGGCUGCUCGCCCCUGUCAAGCGCCAGACUGGAGUCGAGCCGGACGCCGCCACCGCCGCCGCGCACGCCGUUCACUGGGCCACGGGCGUCGACGAGCUCCACGCCGAGGGAGUCCUCGGCGAGGGCGUCAAGGUCGGCAUCGUCGACACCGGCGUGUGGUACCGGCACGCCGCCCUCGGGGGCGGCUUCGGCCCGGGAUUCAAGGUCGCCGGAGGUUGGGACCUCGUCGGCGACGACUGGGCGCUCGGCGGGGAGAAGAGGCCCGACGCGGACCCCGCCGACGAGCAGGGCCACGGCACUCACUGCGCGGGAAUCCUGGCCGGGGAGGAGACCGGGGAGGCCGGGCCGUCGGGGUGGAAGGGCGUGGCGCCCCGCGCGAGCUUGUACGCGUACAAAGUGUUCGGGCCGGGCGACGGCACCGACGAGGCGACCAUCAUCGACGCGUUCCUCCGAGCGUACGACGACGGCAUGGACGUCAUCACGGCCAGCGUCGGCGGUCGGGGCGGGUUCGCCGAGAACGCGUGGGCGGUGGUGGCCAACCGCAUCGCCGCGGAGGGCGUCGUCGUCACCGUCGCCGCCGGCAACUCGGGCAGCGGCGGCGCGUACUACGCCAAUUCCGGCAGUGCCGGCGAGAACGUCCUCGCCGUCGCGAGCGCCGAGGUCAAGAGGGGCAGCAACGCAACGACGACGACGACGAACACGACCACGACCGCGGGGGACGACGAAGACGGCGCAGUCCGCCGGCCGUCGUACUUCACGAGCUGGGGCGGGCUGUACGACUUGUCGGUGAAGCCGGACAUCGCGGCGCCCGGCACGGACGUGUUCAGCACUUGGCCGGGCGGCGACGACAACCAGUUCGCCCUGCUGAGCGGCACGAGCAUGGCGACGCCGUACGUCGCGGGCGUGGCGGCGCUGUACAUUUCCAAGCACGGCGGGAGGUCGGUGCACGGUAAGGGAUUCGCGCGGGACCUCACCAUGCGCAUCGUCGCUUCCGGAGCGUCGCUGCCGUGGCUGCCGUACGUUGAGGAGGCGGCGGAAUCGGCCUUCAGGGCGCCGUCGCAGCAGGUCGGCGGAGGGCUCAUCGACGCGAGGAAGGUCGUCGGCUACGACACGGCGCUGGAGCUCCGCCGCUUCGGGCUGAACGACACGGCAAACUUCCGAGCGGGCCAGGAGAUGGCGGUGCGGAACACGGGCGCGGACAAGGUGACGUACAGCUUCGCGGUGGAGAGCUGGGCUGGGGUCGAGAUGCUCAAGGCGUACGACGCCCGGGACCCGGGGGAGACGCCGAGGAUCCGCUACCGUCCCGAGAUAGUGCCGUCCAACAUCUCGGUCGACGUCGCUCUACCAGACGAGUUUGAGCUCGGGCCGGGGGAGGAGAGGAAGGCGAAAUUCGAAUUCGAGGUCCCCCAGGGCGUCAACCAGACGGCGCUUCCGGCGUACGGCGGCCGGGUGCUCGUCAAAGGCAGCAACGGGGAGGUCCUCGGCGUGCCGUUCCAGGGGCUGGCGUUCGAUCUGAAGGAACAGAUGCAAAGCCCGUUCCACGGGACGUAUCCGUGGCUAAGGUCUACGGCCGCCUACAGCAACAAAACGACGUUCACGUUCGAUCUCAGCAGCGCGGCGCAGGACUUUCCCAAGAUAUUCAUGAAGAUCAAGUGGGGGACCAGAGAGGUCAGAUGGGAUAUCUACGAGUCAGCCUUCGAGGAGGGACGUGACUGGGAAUACCCGCCGGUCCCCGGCCGACGGGGCUACAUCGGCUCGGCGACGUCCUGGACGGGCUCCGGCAGCUCCUCGAGCUUCAACCCAGCACGCCACAACGCGAGCGACGUGUUCGCGAUGCCCGAGAGGGACGUCGCGAGGAACGCCCUGACGACGGGCGGCUUCACGACGACUUACUGGUGGUUCGGGCGGCUCGCCGACGGCAACGUAAUCGGGCCGGGGAACUAUACAAUGAGAUUCGCGGUGUUGAUUCCGUUCGCCGACCCUCGGGACGCGAACAGUUGGAAGGGGUUGACUACACAGUUCACCGUCUUGCCGAAGCCUGGAAACGAGACUGUCGCGAUGAGGUGGGGAUGA